UAUAGCCCAGUACAACUAUGGUUCUCAAGUUUAAUACUGACCUGAUUAAGUUUUUGUAUGCAAAUUUAAAUAUGUAUUAAAGUUCCAUACAUUAAGUCGAAAGUGGACGACCGCAAUUCCAUACAAACGUAGUCCUCAUUUUCUCUCUGGAAAUAAACAAUAAUUAUUGAAAAUAUUUUAACACAAUUUCUUGUAUCAUUUUAUUGAUUUUAUAAUUCUUUAAAGAGUUAGGAGUAUUUUUUGCAUAGGAUUUGUUGUUUUGUUUUCUCAUACAAUAAUAAAAAAAACGAAUAAAGUCAAUCUAUGGUCAAUAUACAUCAAAUUGUGUAAACAUACUUUCUAUAAUACCUAUUCAUAUCCCGAGAGGAAAAUGGGGUCUAGGUUUGCCCCUAUCCUCUUUUUAUUUGAAAUUGUGCUAUAGGAUAUAAAAUAUACGUGGGAACAUAAAACUACAAUUGCAAAUCUUUUUAUGUAGUGAGUGAAAUGAACAAAAAAAGGGACAAACUGAGCUUACAACUGUGUAGAGCCUACUGAUGGAAAUUAUUGGAGACAAUGAUGGUUUGCAGUGUUAAGGUACUAGGUUUUUAGCCAUGCUAUAUUUAGCCAUAUUUAUACUACUUAUUCAAUCAACAUUUGUCAAUGUUGUCACAACAGUGACUCUACCACAUAUUACACACUACUGGAAAACCACAGAAUACUUCGAUAAAGUCGACGACUACUGGAACCAUGGACCAGUAUACAUACCUGGCUUCCAAUAUGUUUUUACUCAAACUACUAAAGCUAGUGAUAUUUUCCCCUCAUGGAUGAGAAGUACUACUCAUAAUACGGGAGCUAUCAAACAUGUUAUACCAGAAAGUAUAACUCCAUUUAAUACUACUACUACUAAUACUACUACUACAACAACAACAGCAACAACAAUUCUAGUAGAAUCUCCAAAAACAGAAAGUGAACCAACUGAUAAAUCAGAAACAAUUGAUGAGACUUUACAGACUGUAGAAAUGGUUAAUACAACAGCAAAUGAACCAAUAGCAUCAACUAUAACAACACAAUAUAUACCACCAACAUUCCAACUAAGUGAAUCAGACGAGGAUGAGACAACAGUUCCGUUUUCAGUGUUUUUGAGGAAACUAUUCAGAAGAUUGUCAGUCAAAAGCCUCCCCGAAUUGCCGGCGUUGGUCGAGCCGUUUGUCACUUAUGUCAAGGAAUUAGCAGAUGGUGAAUUAAAAUAUCUCGGUGAUGUGAUCAUCCCAUUUGUAAAAAAGGCCGCUCGGAAUAUUAUAAAAAUGACAACUACGCCUGACGUAUUGCAUGCAAGAGUUUACCAAAUAUACAACGAGUUAUCCAUACGCGACGUGGCACUGGAUACCGACCUCCUCGGCCUGCUGAACAUUCUAGACGACACGUUCGACGAGACUGAAAAGGAGGUUAUGCAGAGUACUCUGCACCACGUUAAACGGUUCCCUAAUUCAAACAAAACUAACCAGGAGAUUGCUCAUGAUUUACUUGAUAAUGUUAUUUUAGCGGCAAUAAGGCGAAUAAAUGGAACCUCAAAAGGUGUAACCCUGUAUCUAAUGGUAACAGACAUAAUAGAAAACAGAAAGGACAGAUAUGACAGACGUAGCCUCAAAAAAAUAUCUGAACAUCUAAAAGAUUAUGAAAAAGCAAAUAGUGAUACAUUUUACAGAAUAAGGCACAGGAAAAAGAUGCCAGUAAAUAACCGGCGUGUCAAAAAGACUAGAACUGAAGCUAAUAUAAUAAAGUCACAAGCAAUAUACCAAACAGUAAGGAAUAAUUUAGAGGAUAUACAUAAAUUUGGGGAUAAAGUCGUAAUAUCGUCACCAGAAACCAAAGAAGACGAAUUAGGGGACCUGUUUCGAGAGAAUCAAGAUAAUAUAGACGAGACGUUAGUAUCUCCUUUGCGACAUUCACAAAAAAGAAUGAAGCAUCAAAAACAUUUAAGAAACCAUCGUCAUAGACAUAAACAUAAAACUAAAAGACACAGACAUAAACAAGGCCAUAAACACAAACACUCACAAGGGAAGAGAAAAUAUGAAAAUUUAAAACGUAAAUAUGAAAGAUUAAAAGAUAUAUUAGCUGCACAGGAAGUAAAUUAUAAUCUUAGCGAGUGA